AUGUGUCCCUGCGAAGAUCGUCGACCUCCGCCAGGGGCUUUCUGGACUCCGCCGCCGACGUCGAACACGAGAACAAGAGAUCAUGCGGCGGCGAUGCCGAUGUCGGAGAGGAGGAGACCAUCGUCGUCGGAGAAACGUGAUCCCUUUCACAUUGUACACAAGGUUCCUUCUGGUGAUUCUCCUUACGUCAGAGCCAAACAUGCGCAGUUGGUAUCUAAAGAUCCGAAUCGAGCUAUAUCUUUGUUUUGGGCUGCGAUAAACGCCGGAGAUCGAGUUGAUAGUGCAUUGAAGGACAUGGCAGUUGUGAUGAAACAGUUAAACCGAUCUGAUGAAGGAAUCGAAGCCAUCAAAUCCUUUCGGUAUCUCUGUCCUUUCGAGGCUCAAGACUCCAUUGAUAACUUACUCCUCGAACUCUACAAAAAGUCAGGGAGGAUCGAAGAAGAAGCUGAAUUACUUGAGCACAAGCUGAAAACACUCGAACAAGGAAUUGGGUUUGGUGGUAGGUUCAUUAGAGCUAAAAAGGUUCAAGGAAAACAUGUCACGAUGACUAUCGAGCAAGAGAAAGCAAGGGUACUAGGGAACUUGGGCUGGGUUCAUUUACAGUUACAUAACUAUGGAAUUGCAGAGCAGCAUUACAGGAGAGCUUUGUGUUUGGAAUCAGACAAAAACAAAAUGUGCAACCUCGCCAUCUGCUUGAUGCGUAUGGGUCGGAUUCCAGAAGCUAAAUCUCUGAUUAGUGAUGUAAGAGAUUCUUCUGCAGAUAUUGAAUGUGGGGAUGAACCAUUCUCGAAGUCUUAUGACCGAGCCGUUGAGAUGUUAGCAGAAAUAGAGUCGAAAAAUCCAGAAGAUGAUGGUCUCUCGGAUAAGUUCUAUGCGGGAUGUUCAUUUGCAAGAGGAAUGAAGGAAAACAAAGCUCCUGGAAUCGCAAACAGGAACUACUCACAUGUGUCUUCUUCUCCAGCAUCUGUUGGGCCAAACUCUGCAGGACUAUUUACACAACCACGGGGAUGCAAAUGGGAUCAGAGAAAAUGGAAUUAUGAGGAAGAGACGAGAGGUGCAGCUCGAAAGCUUUUGUUUGAGAAACCUUUUGGUUCUGAACGUGUUCGAAUUUUGAAGAGAGGAGAAGAAGAACCCAUGAAGGGAAAGAAGCUGGACCACAACAUGAUUCAUGAUCUCCAUGAAUACAUCAAAGAUAAUGCAGAUUGUAUGAAGAGUGGAUCUAAGAAAAGCUGGGCAGAUAUCGCUGAGGAAGAAGAAGAAGAGAGAUUGCAGGCAGAGCUUGAAACUGCAGCGACUUAG